AUGGAGUUUGAGAGUGCUGUAUUUGAUUUUUCGUACCUUGCUGCAAUCGCUCUUGGCAGUGAGAUGUCCGGUGGCAUUCAAGAUGUUCGAGCUGAGGACAUUACAGCCAUCAAUACUGAAUCAGGUGUAAGAAUCAAAACUGCCCCGGGAAGGGGAGCUUUCGUGAAAGACAUCUACGUAAAAGGAGUGAGAAUGAAUACCAUGAAGUACGUUUUUUGGAUGUCUGGAGCUUAUGGAUCACACCCUGAUAAUGGUUAUGAUCCAAAAGCACUUCCUGUCAUUCGGAAUAUAAAUUACAGGGACAUGGUAGCUCAGAAUGUUACCAUUGCAGGCAACCUUGCUGGAAUAAAUGGCGAUCCCUUUACCGAAAUCUGCAUUUCGAAUGCAACUAUAGAGAUGCGGAAAGAAUCAAAGAAAUUGCCAUGGAACUGUACUGACAUCAGUGGUGUUACAAGCCGGGUGAGUCCUCAGCCAUGUGGUCUGUUGCCUGAUCAAAAACCAAGCAGUGACUGUGCUUUCCCUAAUGAUAGGCUGGCCAUCGAUGAUGUUCCAUUGAAGAUUUGUUCGGGUGGUAGCUCCUACAUAUGA